AUGAUGGGGCCAAAUGGUACUACGAUUGUGAUUGGAGAAGACAUCACCCGCACUGUUGAGCUCCGUUACUCUCGUUCGACCUAUAAUGUCCACAACAGCGUCUUUGACACUCUGGUCGACGACACUCUACCGCCUCCCGAGGGCUGGCUUAGCCGCGCAACCAUCAAUUGGGCCACAUACCGCAUGCUCUGCCACCUUGCCGUCACUCUCCCACUCGACUAUGUGCCGGUCCGUGCUGGAAUGGCUACAAAUAUCCGCUCCGCCGUGAUUGCCCGCUUGAAUGACCCUAGCACGUCCACGCAGGUACUGGUGACCACAUUCAAUUGCGGUGCAACCGGUCUCAAAAUGCACUCACAGUACAGCCGCGUCAUCCUCAUAGAUUCUGCACUUAGCCAUAACUCCCUCUUCCAAACAAUUGGAAUGGGAUUGCUGGCAUUCGCGCUGCGCUUCCUCGCUUGA